CUUGUGUUGUAAGUAUAGUCUAAAGUUUAGCAGGGGAAGAUCGCUUUGGGGAUCCGAGAGCAUACAAUAUAUAGGAUCUGUACCUCGUUGUAUUGUUACAGGCCUUAUCCCCCCCUGACCCACUAUGUUGCCAUCUAUGCGUUCAUCACGGCCUGUAGCUUCAAAACUCCCUCGUCCUGGGAAGGCGGUUGCUGUGGAGAGUCGACCUGAGAAGGAGGAUUCUUUGCAAGUAAAGCGCUCCCCAUCUUCCCCACAAGGAGCAGCCAAGAAGAGAUCAGCUUUCGGGGAUAUCACCAAUGCUAACAAGAAUCAACAGCUGGUCCAGAAAAAGAAAGAGGGUCAGAAAAAUAAUCUGAAAAAGACAAAAAAUGUUCCAGUUGGCGGGGUAGCGAAGAAUAAUGAGGUCAACCUCCGGAAAACUAUUAAGAAAAUAACUGCAGAGCAACUAGACUCUGAAUUGGGAAAGGUUGAGACCAUCAAACCAGAAGUGCAAAAGUCAUUACCAAGAGAACAGCCAAAGCGUCCUUCUCUCCCCCCUGGUGUUGAGGACAUAGACACAGAAUCUGCCGAGGACCCAUUUGCUAGUUCUGAAUAUGCUUCAGAAAUCUUCGGAUACAUGCAGAAGCGGGAGGAGAAGUUUUUGCUUCCAAAUUAUAUUGAAAUGCAGACUGAUAUCAGCAAAGAAAUGCGGGCGAUCCUUGUGGACUGGAUGGUUGAGGUGCAGGAGAACUUCGAGCUGAACCAUGAGACUCUGUAUUUGGCAGUAAAGAUGGUUGACCACUACCUUGCUGUGUCUGUGGCCAUGAGGGAAAAACUACAGCUGAUUGGGUCUACAGCAGUCCUCAUUGCCUCCAAAUUUGAGGAGCGUUGCCCGCCUUGUGUCGAUGAUUUUCUGUAUAUCUGUGAUGAUGCAUAUAAAAGGGAGGAGCUUAUUUCCACAGAGAUGGACAUUUUGCGGAAACUAAACUUUGAUAUCAACAUCCCCAUCCCGUAUCGCUUCCUUCGUAGGUUUGCCAAGUGCGCCCAUUCUAAUAUGGAGACGCUUACUCUAGCUCGAUACAUCUGUGAGCUCACCCUGCAAGAAUAUGAUUUUGUGCAAGAGAGCGCGUCAAAGAUGGCUGCCAGCUGUCUGUUGCUUGCCUUGAAGAUGAAGGAUCUAGGAGGAUGGACUCCAACCCUGCAGCAUUACAGUGGCUAUGAAGUCACAGACCUGGUACCCUUAAUAAAAAGACUGAACUUCCUGCUCACAUACCAGUCAAACGAAAAGCUAAAGGCUGUGAAAAACAAAUACUCCCACAGGGUCUUUUUUGAAGUGGCCAAAUUGCCAGCCAUGGACAUGCUUAAGCUAGAAGAGUCUCUCAAGAGCUAACCCUGUGUUUCCCUUUUGUAUAUAGACUGUAAAUAAUUUUUAUAUAUAUAUAAAGAAUUUUGUAUGUCAGAUUUUCGUGCAUUGUGUGUACAGACAUUAAUAUUAACAUUGUACUGGAGCUCUAUUAUACGAGCAACUAUGAAAUAUGUGAAUUAAAAAAAAAAAAAAAGCUGAAA